AUGGAGGCUCGCGAUCUCGCUCCGAGUUCCGGCGAGAAAGAUGAAGCGAGUGAGAUUCGCAAGGAGAAGGUGCGCAUUCACGAGGACGUGAACGGCGGAAAAGUCAUCGUGGUGGUGACAGCCGCAGAAGCCGAACCGGCCGCUUGCAGCAAACGUUUGGUGAAAAAGGAGAUCGAUGACGUUGGUCAACACGACGACGCUACCUUCUCCGUGUGUUCAUCAGUGGAAGAAAAUCUCAACGGCAACGACGGAGACGACGACGAUGACGAUGAUAAGGAAAACGCAGCGGAAAAGCGCAUUCUCGACGAGUCGAAACUAUCGCUUGGCAACCGUGAGGUGGAUAAGAUUUUCCCGCUGCAGCAGCGGACGCGGGUGAAUCGAUCGCCGAGGCCGCCGAGGCCGGCGAACGCCUUCAUGCUCUUCGCCAACGACUGGCGGAAGAAAAUCGCCGCCGAGAAUCCCCGGGAGUCGAACAAGGACAUCAGCGUCAGGCUGGGCAUCUGCUGGAAGAAUAUGCCGAAGGACGCAAAGGAGAAGUACUUCGCAUUGGCGCGCGAGGUGGACGCGGAACACAAGAGAAAGUAUCCUGGUACGUCCUACAGCGUCUUAUCCGCCUGCGACCUGAUUUUCGCGCCGCCUGGUCGAUCUGGAGUUUCCGAAGUUUCUCGGUUCUCCGACUACGCACGGCUAGGUCGCUCGGUGCGCGUCGGGACGGUUCUCCGCGCGAGCAGAUGA